CUACCGGAUACCACCUGGCCAGUGUAAAUGGAUCAGCAUAGAUGAAAAAUCAGGUGAAGUCAGAACCAUUAAAGUCUUGGACCGAGAUGUAGGAGAAAUGAGACGAGGUCAAUGCAAUAUCACAGUCCUUGCAAUAGACAGAAAUGGAAAAACAGGCACUGGAACUAUUCAGGUUGUCAUCCAGCCUGGGAACAGGAAUUACCCACGAAUUACUAAAACUGACUAUAUAAUGUGCAGAGACAGAAAACCAAUCUGCCUUACUGCACAGGAUGGUGAUGAGUCUCCUUACAGCACACCCUUUGCAUAUCGCAUAAUUGAUCGUGAACUGGAUUCCUCAUGGAAGAUAACUCGACACAAUGAUAAUUCUGUGUAUCUUUCACCAAAGGGUGAGAUUCCAUUUGGAAUAUACAGUAUUCCUAUAAGUGUGACUGAUAAUGGAGGAAAGGUAGGAGAGCAGUACAUAACAAUUAACGUCUGUGAUUGUGUUACUCCAACUGAAUGCAAUGGCAGGACCCGUGAACUUUCUGAUGGAAAUGUUACUCUUGGCAUUUGGGCCAUCCUUGCAAUGAUCUUAGGAUCGCUAUUAUUGCUGUUAAUCUUGAUCACAAUUUGUGGCUGCUGUGGCUCUGGAGUAAUGCACAGGCAUGUGACUGAUGAUUGUGCCAAUCAUAAUUUAAUAAUCUCAAAUACAGAAGCUCCAGGAGAAGAAGUGAUGGAUCACAAUAUAAUUCCUCUACAAAAUACAAGUGAUCAAGGAGGAUAUGGAAUAAAAACAGGAGAUCAACAGACAUUUGAAAUAGCAAAAGGAAGAGGGCAUACCUUGGAGUCAGUCAAGGGAGGUGGACAUCAGACUCUGGGAUCGGUUAAAGAAGGAGGAGGACAGCCUAUGAUGGAUACAUGUAGAUAUUCUUACUCAGAAUGGCAUAAUUUCACACAUCCUCGUUUAGGUGAAAAGGUGCACCUAUGCAGACAGGAUGAAGAACAGAAACAUUCUGAAGAUUAUCUCCUUUCAUAUAACUAUGAAGGAAAAGGAUCCUUGGCUGGCUCUGUAGGCUGCUGCAGUGAUCAGCAUGAAGAAGAGGCACUUGACUUCUUAGAUCAGCUGGAACCCAAGUUUAGGACAUUAGCAGAAACAUGUGUAAAAAGAUAA